GUUCGAACAAGCGGGUUUUUCGAAGUGGAACACGAGCGCCACGACCACACACAGCGCAGGCCACAUUCUCAUGCACGUAAAAGCAACAACGUCCUCGCGCCUCUCCGAGACGGACCAGGACUCGGAUGAAGAGCGCUCGCGCAGUACCAACCUUGCAGAGCUCCUUUGCCGCGGCAAACACAAUGUCGUGCUCACUCACCUUGAGCAAGUCAUCCUCGACCGCGACGCGCUCAUGGUCGAGUAUGAGGGCCAACCACUCUUGCACUGGGCGGUUGCUAACGGGCAUGACGACGUUAUCGCGCAAUGGCUUGCGCGCCCCGAGCUCGCACUUGACUGUGAUACUCAAAUGCGGCUCGCGCUCACAGCGAUCAAGCGGUAUCGACUGUCGAUCCUAAAGCUACUCGUGGUGGCAACUCCUGCCGUGCUGACAACGCCCGCGCGGCACCUCGACGACGACGAGUUUCUUGACGUCGUUCAAGGAGACUCGCUUGCGCAUGUGGCGGCCCGCGUGCGCGCCAACACGGAGCUCUCGUGGCUUGUCGCACACUACCCUUCGUUCUUGGCGGCGCAGAAUCAAGCAGGGGCGACGCCGCUCCUUGUUGCGUGCGGCGCGCAAAACAUGGGCGGUGCACUGCUGCUCGUGUCCGCGGGCGCCGAUGUCCACGUUGUCGACAACGACGGCAACACGGUGCUGCAUGCGGCGAUUGCCUCGAUGGACCCAAAGUUGGACGACCAUGUGGCCUUUGUGUCGCGGCUCCUCGUGCGCUGCUAUAGCGUUUCGCUGGCCAUUCGAAACGCGGACGGUUUGUGCGCGUCCGAGUACGCGGACGAGAGCGACGACAUGUUGACGUUGCUGGAGAAAGAGACCGAGUUACAGACCUCGUACCCACUUCACUGCAUUGCUCGUUGUAACGACGCCAGUGCGUUUCAAACAUGGCUCUCCACGAUGCUUGGGCCCGGAGACAACGACAAAAAAGGCCAAGUCGACGCGAUAGCAACGGCGCUGUCUGUCCCGGACAUGGACGGCAAGACGGUCGCCAUGCACGCCGUCGAAGCCAUCGAUAGCACUGCACCGGUUCAAGUCGCGGACCUACUCUUGCGCUAUUGCACGCGGCAUAUCUUGACGCUACAAGACAUGAAAGAACGUACCGUCAUGGAAUGCCUCUUGGAGAAGGACCUGGUCUGCACCGAGAACCUCGACGGCGCCACCAACGAAGCGGCGCUCAAGACACUGCAACUGCUCAUACACAUCAAGCGACUACCGCUCGACUAUACGCGAAAUACCAAGGUACCGCAGCAAGGCGCGCCACCGCGAACGUGCGCGGGCAUCUGCCUCUCGGCGCGCAGGGCAAGCGACGCCAACCUCGCACGCCUCGCCGCCGAGAAGAGGUGGGUCGAACUGCAGCGCCAGCUCGACGCCACUUCCGACAUGGCGACAAUCAACGACUUUGAUGCGCACGGACGUACCGCACUGCACUACGUCUGCGCGUAUGGCCACGACGGCCUCUUGGCGCACCUGCUGCUGCAGACCAAGCUCGACAUUGCGAUCAAGACGCGGCUUACGGACCAAUCGGCGCUCUUUCUUGCCUUCCUCGCCGACCAUGCGGCGUGCGUACGUCUUCUUCUCCAAGCCGGUGCGCACCACGAACUCGAAGCGACCUUGUUUCCGGCUCAGAUCGAGCAGCUCCGUCAAGAGGCGGUGGCUAAUAUGUAUGCAAGCCAAGUACUGCGAUGCGACAGCUGGAACCUGGAGCGCACAUGCCCCGAAUACCAUCGUGUACGCCUCUUGAGCGUGAACGACGCAGAGCAAUGCCUGCAGGCGAAAAAGACAGCGCUGCACAUUGCGACUGAGAAACAACUGCCCACAUCCAUCGUCGAGCAGCUUUUGGCCACCAAGCGCAGUGACGUGAACGCGCAGUCGACGGAAGGAACGUCGGCGCUCAUGCUGGCGGCUGCGCACGGCAACAUGACGCACCUCGCGUUGCUCUUACGGCAUGGCGCCGAACUCGAUCUUGUGGAUACGAACGACUCUACAGCGGUACUUCACGCCGCGGUGCAUGGCCAUUUGGACGUUGUCGAGCUGCUAUUGGUGCGCCGCGCCGACCUCGAUCCCAAGCAGGAUGGUCGCCCGAUCGUCGAGAGACUGCGCGCGAUUCUACGGGGGACACUCAAUGACGAGCAUACCCCGAUUCUGCAGCUUCUCGAGAAGGAAGAGCGAGCACGAGACAAUUCGCAAGAGUUUCGGGACAAGCGCGCUUUGGCGAUGAUUACGAAAACAACCGACGACGUCUUUGCAGAUGACAACUUUUCGCAAGCCAUUCGCUGCAACACGACGCUGGGUCCGACCUUUCUCGAUGAUUGCGUGAGUCUCAGUCGCCACGAAGCCACGUUUUCAAACCUUCUCCUUGUCUACGGCAAGAGUGUGCAAGAGAGCCCGCUCCGCGCGGUCCUUCAGUUAAAUCUGUCGGACCCGGACGCAACCUUUGCGACGCAGCAAGCGUGUCUCGAGCAUCCAGCUUUUCAUCGCGUCCUCGAGAUCAAGUGGAUCCUCUUUGGCCGGCGGCUCUACCUCCAGCAGCUGCUCAUGAACCUACUCUUGCUGGUGGCCAUGACUACAUCGUCCAUUCUUCCCAACGACGAGUUGCCACCGCCGAUCGUCUACAACAUGGGUAUUUCAACCCUGAUAUUUGUGGCCGUCGGAUUGCUGGUCGUUCAAUGCCUUCGCCCUCAGGUCCUUGCGGCGUAUGCUCGGCUCAGCGACAACAAGUCUCUCUUUGAUGGAGGUCUCGUCCUACUCGCUGUCGUCGGGACCGUCUUGCUGGUCGUACCCGUGCUUUACGCCAGCCAAGAACUGCGCAUCGUCGACUGGUUCACACCCUGCAACAACCUCGUCUUGGCUCUCUCGACGCUCUACUUUCUCCAUAUUGAGCUUCAGGAAAUGCGCGUAAGCAUGGACGCCUACCUCUCGUCGACGAUGAACCGCGUGCAACUGAUGAACUACACCGUCAUCUUGUGUGUCUUUGUUCCGAUUCAAGUCGGCUGGAUCAGUGUCAGUGACGACGUCCAGGUCGGACUCGGCGCCGUCCUCACACUCGGUCUCUGGGUACUGUCGCUUCAGUUUCUAGAGGUGAUCUCGUCGGCCAGCUACCUCUUGCCCAUGAUGUCGGACCUCUUGAGCGACAUUUGGAACUUCUUCAUUCUCUUUGGCGUCUUCCAACUCGGCUUGACGCUGACCUUCUACCAGCUCUUUCGAGGCCACGGCGACGACGCCUUUGGUAGUCUUGGCCAGUCGUUCAUGACGACCUACUUUGUGGCAUUUGGUCAAGUGCCUCUGGACUCGCUCAGCGUCUUUUCUGCCUCUGACAACUCGAGUUCGAGUCAAGCGGCCAUGUACACGGGUGUCGCUCUUCUCAUGAUGCUGCACUCGGCGAUCGUGGUCGUCGUCUUACUCAACGUCUUGCUGGCGUUGAUGAACCAGACAGUCACGGGGGGUCUCGAGAAGGCCAAAACUCGAGCGUUGAUGAGCUAUGCGCAGUGCAUCUUGCGGCUCGAAGGCGCCAUGCACCUCGACAACGCCGAGACGACGGCGCUCACGCACGUCAAGGACGCAUCUGGGAAGCUUGUGCUGCAUCCGAUCUUCUCCGAGACUGUCCCCCGGGUCAACCUCGUGCUGACACCAGACCAAGUCGAGACGUUGCAGCGCACGGGGGCAAGUCGCAUGGCCUGGCUCGACCAGAUGCGGCAUCUGGACAAGGUCGUCAAGGACCAGAUCGGGUUCGUGGUCGAUGGCCUCGAUCACGUCAGUCAUUUUACGGAUCUCAACGUCCACGAAAUCUUUGCGCGCGAAUUUGAGUUGCUGGCGACUGCUCAACAGCAGCUGUUGGACGCGAUCGAGAUGGCACGACGCAGCCGCGGCUACUUCAAGAAGGAGAUCCUCGCCAAGCUCGAGAAGCAAACGACAAAGAAACUUCGGGAGCUCUCGAUGCAGCUGGUAGAUGCGUGGACAAAGGACGGGUUUGAGCCCUCCGACGACCAUGACAAGUGCGCGAUGCUCUACCAGAUCAACCAGCGGACGACAUUCGAGGCGGUGGUCAACAAGACAGUGAGCACGAUCGCAGCGGCGGUGUCGGAUGCCGCUACGAGGAGCUUACCGGCUGUCGACACGGAGAAGGAGGACCUCCGGCGUGAUCUCUCGCAACUGCAGUCGUCGAUGGAAGCAAUGGCCAAGCAAAUGGAAACCAUGCUGGCGCAGCACGCAGCCAUGAUGACGCAACAGGACACGAUGCUGACUCACCAAGACGCAAUGCAAGCACAACAACGGGAGCUGCUCUCGCUUCUGACCAACACCGAGUCCCGCAGCACGUCCCCCACUGCGUCCAUACAACGCGUCAUGAGCAUCUAGUAUCCGAAUAUAAUUUGUGUAUAGCUCCUGGCAGUACCCACGUCCUAUGCUGUUAAACAUACAAG